CUCCCCCGACACGGGGCGCCGGUGGGAGCGGGGCGGGGAGCGCGGCGCGGGGGGAGAUAAGCGGCGCCGAGCGGCCGGGCGGCGCUGGAUGGAGGCUCCCGCCCGCCGGGACGCCCGCCCCAGCCUGGAAUGUCCUGGCGAGCCGCCGCCGAGCGGCACCGGCACCAGGACCGGGACCAGGGAGGGGGCGCGGCGGAGAGCUGUUUCCGUGCCUCAUCUUAGUCUGGAGCUUCGGGCUUUCAAUUUGGAUAAUCUGGCGCUAUGCAUCCAGCCCCCGGGCGCUUCCAGGCACUGCUGCUCAUUGCUGCCACCAGCCUUGUCACUGCCACCAGCACAGAUUUAACUCCCCGUUUUAUUUCUGAGCCCUCAUCUACUGUCCAGAAGUCUGGUGAGCCUGUCCAACUCCGCUGCUCGGCCGAGCCCUCCUCAGCUCACAUUUCUUGGCUGUUUAAUGGGGAGCCUCUGGACAGCAGGGUGGGAGAAGUGGAAAUCCAGUCAGGAUCUUUGACAAUCGUGUCCCUGAGCCCGGAGACGUGUGGGCGCUAUCAGUGCGUGGCGAGCAGCGGCGUGGGAGCUGUGCUGAGCCAGCCUGCCACGGUGUCCAUGGGCAGUUUAGCUGACUUUGAUGCUUUGGGGACAGCUGCUGUUGCAGCAGAGGAAGGAGGCACAGCUCUCAUCAGGUGCAAGGUGCCAGAAAGUCACCCCAAAGCACAGGUUCGCUUCCAAGUGCGGGGGAAAUGGCUGGAACAAUCAACAGGCAACUACCUAAUUCUUCCAUCUGGAAACCUGCAAAUUUUGAAUGUAUCUUUAGAAGACAAAGGUUCCUACAGGUGUGCAGUGUACAACCCAGUUACUCACGACCUCAGAGUAGAACUCACUGGACGAAAGCUCACGGUCACACGCCCUUCUUCAGGUGGCUCCCAGAUCCUUCACCCGCUGGCUCCCCAGAGCCUGGCCGUGCCCAGGCACAGCGCCCUGACCCUGGAGUGUGUGGUCAGUGGGUCAGCUCCAGCCCCCAUCCGCUGGCUGAAGGAUGGCCGGGAUGUCCUGAGGAGAGGCAGGUGGAAGCUGCUGCACUCUCACCUGGUGACGGACCGGCUUGAGCCUUCAGAUGCUGGAAAUUACUCCUGCGUGGUGGGAAGUGACUCUGCAACAGUGAAAUAUGUAAACUAUUCACUUUCUGUACUUGAACCUGCCUCACUCUCCAGGGGGCUGCAGGAUGAAACCGUGGCCGCCGGAGCGAGCGUCCAUUUCUGGUGUGACGUUGGUGGCAGCCCUGCUCCUGCCCUCACCUGGCUGCACAACGCUGCUCCUCUCCGUCCCUCCCCACGACAUUUCCCCACGGGGAACCACCUGCGGAUCUGUGGGGUCACCCUGGAGGACUCUGGCUUGUACCAGUGUGUGGCAAACAAUGGAAUUGGGUUUGUGCAGUCCACGGGGAGACUCCGUGUCCAGCCAGGCAAAGACUCUGUCCCCAUCAUCAUCUCUUCCCCAGCCAACACCACUGUGGUGGCUGGUGGGGACGUGACCCUGUCCUGCAAUGCCACCGGCCUGCCCGCUCCUCUGAUCCGCUGGUACGACAGCAGAGGCCUCGUGAUCGGCCAGCAGGGGCUUCACCCCAAAGCACAGAGCCCCCCCAGGGCAGGGCCAGAGCCCUCCUGCCCCUCGGUGCCCCGGGUGGGCUGGGGGUCCCUGCGCCUGCGGGGCGUCACCCCUGAACGCGCCGGCGAGUUCCGCUGCGAGGCCAGCAACGAGCACGGCUCUGCCCUGUCCACAGCCUUCCUCACAGUCCUUCCUUCAGCAACUGGCACGAGAGCAGGAGAAACAGCUCCUCUGGAGCUUGCCCAGAGCGACGAGAGCGGCGGUGAUUUUGGUGCAGAAAUGGCAUUUUCAAGCUCGCCUCCGACAAAAUCUCCUCUGGACGCGGCGGCGAUGGAAAAGGCGUCGAGCGCGGCGGCCCCGCCCGAGGCCCCCAUCAUCCUGAGCCCCCCGCAGACGCCGAAGCCGGACACGUACAGCCUGGUGUGGCGGCCGGGCCGCGCCGGGGGCCUGCCCAUCAACGCCUACUUUGUCAAAUACCGCAAGCUGGAGGACGGCGUGAGCGCGGCGGGCGGCUGGCACACGGUGCGAGUUCCUGGCAGUGAGAACGAGCUGCGCCUCACCGAGCUGGAGCCCUCCAGCCUCUAUGAAGUGCUGAUGGUGGCCAGGAGCGCUGCUGGCGAGGGCCAGCCGGCCAUGCUGACGUUCCGCACCAGCAAGGAAAGAACAUCACCCUCGAAAAACACACAGGCUCCAUCUCCACCUGUAGGAAUCCCCAAACAUCCCAUUGUUCAUGAAGGCACAAAUAAUUUUGGUGUUGUCCUUCCGGACCUGUCUCGCCACAGUGGAGUUCCAGAAGCUCCUGACCGACCCACGAUAUCCACGGCAUCGGAAUCGUCCGUCUACGUCACGUGGAUCCCCCGUGCCAACGGGGGCUCCCCCAUCACUGCCUUCAAAGUGGAGUACAAACGUCUGGGUCGCAACAGCGACUGGCUCGUGGCAGCUGGCAACAUCUCUCCCUCCAAGCUGUCUGUGGAAGUUCGGAACUUGGAGCCAGGAGAAAUGUAUAGGUUCCGAGUGAUCGCAGUGAACAACUACGGGGAGAGCCCGCGGAGCGCGGCGUCGCGCCCGUACCAGGUGGCCGGGUUCAGCGGCCGCUUCUCCAGCCGGCCCAUCGCCGGCCCGCACAUCGCCUACACCGAGGCCAUCAGCGACACCCAGAUCAUGCUGAAAUGGACGUACAUCACAUCGAGCAACAACAACACGCCCAUCCAAGGAUUUUAUAUCUAUUACCGGCCCACGGACAGUGACAACGACAGCGACUACAAGCGGGAUAUCGUGGACGGUACAAAGCAGUGGCACCUGAUAAAUCACCUGCAGCCUGAAACUUCUUAUGACAUCAAGAUGCAGUGCUAUAACGAGGGGGGAGAGAGCGAGUACAGCAACGUGAUGAUCUGCGAGACCAAAGUGAAACGCACGCCGGGAGCGUCUGAAUAUCCAGUGAGGGACCUGAGCACUCCACCCAACCCCCCUGAGCGGGCUGGGGGCAGCGGGGCCGUGCCCGCCAGCGGCCCCGUGCGCAGCAGUGACAUGCUCUACCUGAUUGUGGGCUGUGUGCUGGGGGUCAUGGUCCUCAUCCUCAUCGUCUUCAUCGCCAUGUGCCUCUGGAAGAACCGGCAGCAGAACGCCAUGCAGAAAUAUGACCCUCCUGGCUACCUCUACCAAGGGGCAGAUAUCAACGGGCAGAUGAUUGAGUACACGACCUUACCCGGGACCAGCCGAGUCAACGGCAGCAUCCACGGAAACUUCCUCAGCAACGGCCUCAGCAACGGCUGCCCCCAUGUCCAUCACAAAGUUGCCAAUGGUGUCAACGGGAUCAUGAGUGGAGGAGGAGCAGGACUGUACCCAGGGCACACCAACUCCCUGUCCAGAACACACGUGGACUACGAACAUCCCCAUCACCUCGUGAACGGUGGUGGGCUGUACACGGCAGUGCCACAGGCUGACCCCUCGGAGUGCAUCAGCUGCCGGAAUUGUCGGAACAAUAACAGGUGUUUCACCAAAACCAACGGCACUUUCGGCAGCAGCGCGCUGCCCGUGGUGCCCCUCGGAGCCCCUUUCCAGCAGGAUGGUGUGGAGAUGAAGCCCCUGAGCCCCCAUGUGAUGGUGGCCAUGUGCCUGGCCUCGGCCACCCCCGAGUGCAGCGCCCGGCUGGAGGAGGAGGAGGGCAGGGAGAGCGCGGAGCAGCCCCCGGUGCAGCAUCCCUGCUGUCGGGAGGGCAUGAGCCAGCUCUCUGUGGAUUGCAUGGACGGCGGCAGCUGCGUGCACUCGGAAACAUCGAACCACAUUUUGAGCUGGAGUCCCCUCAUUCUUCAGCCUGUUUCCAAGGACUGUAAGGAAAAACUAGGAUGGAGUUCAUCAGGAGUCACCCUAAAUGGUUCUGGGGACCUUUGUCAGCUCCAGCUGCGGGAAACCUGAGGCAGUGACCGUGGUCCCCACUGAACGCCAGGAACUGCACCGCAGCAUCGCUGAAAGGGAGUCACGGGGGGAUGUUAAUUAUAACAGAGAGAGUCACUAUUUAUUUUUUGUAGUAGUGUCAUAUGAAUGUAUCUUGGUUUCAAAAUGGUUGUCUUUUUAUAUUAUUUAUGCCUUGAAAUCCCUUUUUUGUUGGUUUUUUUUUUUUUUCCUUCCCCCACACACCACAAAACUAGCCUGGUUAUGUGUAUAAAAAAGAAUUGUAAUAAUAUAAAGAAUGAGGAUGGGAAAUGUGGAGUGUGUUUCCGUGGCAAUUUACCAGCGGGACAGGCACUUCUGAGGAGCCCAAGAGAGGGAUUUAAGCAGGUCUGAAAGGACCAACAGCUGCCAACUCCCUGGCAGCUCAGUGACAUGGUACUUGAACCCUCCUUUCCAUGAACAUCUCCUGGCCUCUUUUGGUUUUGCUGGGAAGAUCCCAAUGAGGAAAUAAGAAGAUAAAUAAGAAAAGUGAGCCUUGGUUGAGUCUGUCCUGUGCAGCUUGAAGCAGAACUUGGGUCAGUGACUGUGUCUUUAGGUGCUCCUGCAGAAGUACAGGUGGAAAUCCAGCCUCACUUUCCCACUUGCAGAAGACAAAAUACAACUCAGCUCUUGGUUUGAGGGAUUAUUAACAGCUUGGAUAGCUCUGAAAUGAAACCAGUCAUGGUGAAGCAGCUCCCAUCAGCCCUGGGCAUGGCUGCCAGGAACCUGCCCAUCCUGGACACAGCACGAUGGGGGUGCUGCAACCUUAACUACAGGGCUUUGGGGUUGUGCAUCCUCCCAGCUAGAGCUGCCUUAUUCCAAAGUUCUCUACACACCAUGGACGUCACACCCGUGGGCUUUGGCUGCCACGUACCCCAGAGCCACCACAGAUCUCCCUCAUCCUGUUUUGUUUAUCUCAUCCUCAUGGAUUUUCCUUUUGCAGGACCUGCUGCAAGGCUUUCCCCUUUUCCAACAGAGAUUGGCAGACAAGUGGCUGGGAUUUAACUCUGUCUGCUUCAUUUUCCCCAAACACUGAAAUUUAACCAUGGUUUUAAACAACCUUGCUUAAAUCUCCCCUGUAUUGUGGGUGUGUCAGAUAAAGAUGCUCUGUUUUCCAGAGAAA